GGGGAGAAAAAAAUCCAUCAGCCAACAUUGAUUCCAUUUGAAGUAGGCCUGGCUUCUCAUGAUAGGCUAUAGAGGGCAUUGAGAUAUGCAUAUGUGGGCCCGGCCUGUAGAUGCCACAGAUGUUCACUUGGCAAGCGUCCUCAUGCUUACCACUGGGGGCGCAUCUCAAUAAUUCAGAGUAUAUUCUCAUCUCCUUUCCUUCGUCUCCACUGAUCUGAAAAGACUGGAGUGAGGAAAGAAAUCCCCUUCAUCCGCCAUAUUGCUUUCUUGUGUUUUUCAGAUCAGUGCCGCCUGAGCUGAGGAAGAGGAGAUGAAGAGAGGACGCCAUUUUACAACAUUGGGAUACAGCCAUAGAUCUGCGAGUUUUUCUUACAGCUAUGGGGGGACGGACCACCUGGUUCUAACCGGGUUUACGGCCAAUUUACAGAAUAUGCUUCAUGCCCCUCAGUAGUCCAAAACCUGGGCGGACCGCGUUAAGAUCCACGUGGUUUCCCCAAAUCAGCGCGGUUUCUGUCUACAGCUACAGGAAGCAUAAAGGACGGAGAACGGUAAGGCAGCCAGCUCGAGGCCCGUCUCUACUACCAUGCAGCGGCCGGGUGGUCGCCAUCGCCACAAUGGCCACUCUCUGCUCCGCAAUAACAAUUCCAUGGCCUCAUACAUCGCUUCUCCUCCGCCGCGCGCUGCCUCCACCGGCGCCUAUGCGGAAUACUCCAACAACAACAACAACAGGCCUAUAAAGCCCGAGCUGGUCUGCAAAUGGACGGACCACGAGCACCGUGACCGAACUUCAAAACAAAGGAUAUGCGACCAAACUUUCAGCUCCAUGCACGAGCUGGUGGACCACGUAAGCACCGAGCACGUCGCUGGGCUCGAGCCCCUGAGCCAUGUUUGUAUGUGGGAAGAAUGCCUGAGAGAAGGAAAGGCGUUUAAAGCCAAAUAUAAACUGAUAAACCACAUCAGGGUACACACUGGGGAGAAACCAUUCUCCUGUACUUUCCCAGACUGCGGGAAAGUGUUCGCUCGGUCGGAAAACCUCAAGAUUCACACGCGCACGCACACAGGUGAGAAGCCAUUUCAAUGUGAGUUCACCGGCUGCCUGCGGAAAUUUGCCAACAGCAGUGACCGUAAGAAGCACUCGCAGGUCCACACCAGCGCCAAACCGUACGACUGCAAGGCCCACGGCUGCUUCAAGUCCUACACACACCCCAGCUCCCUCAGAAAACACAUGAAGAUCCACCUCAACGCACUCAAGUCCUCUCCUACCUCGGAACCCAUAGACCUGUCAUUCACAGGGAUUCUUGGGAAACGUAGUUCCCGGGAUUAUGUAGCUUCGCGGACUAACUGCUCAUCUUCUAGGCUCUCGCUGCCUCCGGCGGUGUCCAACAUUAAGGAGUGGUACGUGUGUACCAGGACCACAGGUCAGGGACAGAACUACCUCCAACUCACAGCAGAUGAGAUCAAGUCAGAGCCAUGUAGCGGUGAUGAGGAGUAUUAUAAUACGACGUAGCAGCAGGACAAUGCUUUGCAGUAUGGACUGUGUGAACUACAAUGAAUCCCAAAUACAGGGAUAGAACUGGAAGGUGAACACAACAUACGUCCCCUGUCAAUAUGGAGAUGUGGUGAACUCAACAUACGUCCCCUGUCAAUAUGGAGAUGUGGUGAACACAACGUACGUCCCCUGUCAAUAUGGAGAUGUGGUGAACACAACGUACGUCCCCUGUCAAUAUGGAGAUGUGGUGAACAUAACGUACGUCCCCUGUCAAUAUGGAGAUGUGGUGAACACAACGUACGUCCCCUGUCAAUAUGGAGAUGUGGUGAACACAACAUACGUCCCCUGUCAAUAUGGAGAUGUGGUGAACACAACGUACGUCCCCUGUCAAUAUGGAGAUGUGGUGAACACAACGUACGUCCCCUGUCAAUAUGGAGAUGUGGUGAACACAACGUACGUCCCCUGUCAACAUGGAGAUGUGGUGAACACAACGUACGUCCCCUGUCAAUAUGGAGAUGUGGUGAACACAACAUACAUCCCCUGUCAAUAUGGAGAUGGACAGAUGUGAUGGAGACUUGCUGUAUGUGUGAAUGUCUGGGCCAGUAUUCAUAAAGCGUCUCACAGCGUAAGAGUGCUGAUCUCUGAUCAGUUUUGCCUUUUUAGAUCAUAUUGAAAAAGAUUACAGGGAGGAUCUGAUCCUUGAUAAGCACUCGUAUUCUGAUAGGCGUUAUGACGACCAGGCCCUAAUGUCAGUGUAUUAUCUAAUGAGAAGCCGCAGCCAUGAAACGUAUUGCCAUAAGAGAUUGAAGACAACAUCCCUCUGAUAAACACCCAGGAUCAGGGCCCAUAUCCACAAAGCCUAUCAGAGGAGGAAUACUAAUCUAGGAUCAGCUCCAACCUCUUAUUCAUCAUGAUUUAAAAGGGCAAAACUGCUUUGUAAAUACGGGGCCUGACCCGAGUUAGAUUCUUGAAGAUAUUUGAGGUGCGCUUGAUUUCCCUUGGAGUUUGCACUUUUGGGAUUAGUCCAUUGGUGCCUGUGUACCAGGCAAACUAAAUUUACAUUUUAGUCAUUUAGCAGACGCUCUUAUCCAGAGCAACUUACAGUUAGUGAGUGCAUACAUUUUUU